UCUUUCUUUCCCGCUGCAGCAAGCACGCCGCCGCAAAAGCAUGGCGCAGGCCCCGGCACCCGCCUGGAUCCACCGCUGGCACACGCCGGCGGCCCUUCAUGCGCUCGACUUUCCACACCCGCUGCUGGCUGCCGGCGACGGCAGCGGGCGUGUGAGCGUGAGCGACGUUCGCACUGCACGCCCGCUGGCCGUGUGGCAGGCGCACGAGGCGAGCAUCCUUGGGGUCAAGCUUUGGGGCCGCGACGUCGUCACGCAUGGCAGAGACAAUCUGCUGCGCGUCUGGGCGCUUCCGAUUCGCGACGAGCAGGCCGGCUCGAGCCUCCCACCUCGCGACGUCGCCUCGCUGCCUCGCCCGACGGUGCGCUACGAGGUCGAGGUUAACGCACUCAACUACUGUCCCUUCUCGCUGCUGCCGCUCUCGCGGGCCGACAGCGCCGAGCUGCGCCGCGCCAUGGGCUGGCAGGCUCGUGCAGGGCAGCAGGUCGCCAAGACGCCUCAACAAAAGCUCGGGGAGGAGCCUGAGGCGCUCGUAGCCGUGCCCCACACUCUGGAGGCUGCCUAUAUCGAUGUCUACCACCUGCCCAGCUGUUCCCGCAUCGCGACAGCCAUCGGAGCGCCCGAUGUGCAGACGAAGGGCUCUAAGGACCUCUCCAAUCGGCCAGGCAUCGCCAUGUCCGUGCAUCUGUUCCGACGAGCAAAGAGCAAGGACGGCGAGGCGCAGCCGCUCAGCGUGCUCGUCGGCUACGAGGACGGCAAGGUCAAGCUCUGGGAGCUGCGCGCGCUGGACGUGGGCGGCAGCAGCGCGAAGAUGGCGUGGACGCUCGCCUGGGAGGAGCGUGUCCAUACAGAGGCUGUCAUGGCGGUGGCGCUUAGCGAGGAUCUCUCCUUCGCGGUCAGCGUCAGUGCAGACCAGCGAGUGGUGCGCUACGACCUCGGGCAGGUCGACGGCGCCAGGACCCUCAUGCAGCGCACCAAUCACGAAGGGCGAGCCUCGGUCUGCAUCCGCGCAGACGGCAAGCUCAUUGCGACAGGCGGCUGGGACGGCUCGAUCAGGCUGUAUGCCGUCGAGGAGCUGCGCGGGCUCGGCAAGCUGUCGUAUCACCGCGAGAGCGUCCAGGCACUGGCAUUCGCUCGGCAGUCAGGUCCAGGCGCUGCUGCCGACAGCCUUAAGGACGCAGACUCGAGCGACAGCGAAGAAGACGAGGAUGCGCUGGGACCGCUGGCGCAUCACAGCACACGCAGCAUCUCGCUGGCAGCAGGCGGCAAGGAGGGCCGCGUCUCCCUGUGGGACCUACAGAUGCUCUCAAUAUGAUGCC